AUGAACCGCAUGAGGAGGAUCGCGGGGAUGGGCAAGAGCAAGAAGGCCCCGUCCGCGGUUCAGAAGGACAAGGACGAGAGCAUAGUUUUCUUCCGGGAGCUGUACAAGCAUGAGGAAGAUACGGAUGUGAACCUCCUGGAGCCGAUCUACUCCGUGGAGUUCGACGCCAUCCAAGGUGGUCACAUGUCCAAGCCUCCCCCGGGGAAGGGAGAUCUCCUCGUGCCGAUCAACGAGAAGCACGACUAUGACUGGCCCAAGACCCCUCCAGUUGCACCAAUGUUGCCUUCCCUCAAGAUGGAAAUGGAAGCCAGCUCCUCCGAAACGGUGGUUUCUCCUAAAAAAAAGGAGCUACCCAUCCCGAUCACGCAACCUGCUAAACCUUCAGCUUCAAGGUUCAUCGGCAAGACAGAGGCGCCCAAAACAUCAGCCAAGCUUCCAGCAGGUUCUUCGUCAAGCAACUAUGCCAAGAGCCAGCCUUGCACGACCGAGAGGAGACCAGCUUCAGCUUACGCUACUCUGCCCAACAGGCAGCAGAAUCCAGAUGCCAAAGCCAAUACUGGCACGAGCAGCAGCUCAAGCAGGGCACACUCGCACACGUACUACGCAAAUGCAAGCCAGGACAGCAGCGGUGCAAGUACGGCCAAGGCGGUGGAGGCGCCAGGAGAAGCCCCUUACACGGCGCCCAAGAAUCUGCUCACGACUGGGUCUAUUUUCGCACAGCGCAGGGCAUCGACGACGGCAGUGGCGAGAGCUCCUCCAUUGGGCGUGGACGCCAAAGUCGAGAGCGCGAAGGCAAGGAGGCCACCGUCUGCUGCGGCAAGAACUUCCAAGGAGCUGCAGGUAGAUGCCAGGAAGAAUGCUUUACCGUCCAAGGGCAAGGCUGUGGCCGGCGGCGGCAGCGAGCCUGCCUGCAACAGCGGUGGCCGCGCCGGCACCAGCAAGACCGCGCCAGCAAAGGGAAUGCGAAAAACAGACGGCAAGAAUGAGCGGAGACCGAGGUUUGCAGACCAGUGA